AUGGACGACGACGAACCGGAUUAUCUCUACGACGAAGACAAGCUUGGUAUGACUGUAUCUUCGGCAUCCGUCACGUUGACCAAGGACGAGAACAACCUGAUCGGAAUCAGCAUCGGUGGUGGCUCGCCUGUUUGUCCAUGUGUCUAUAUCGUUCAAAUAUUUGACGGCACACCGGCAGCUGUCGAUGGCAGUCUCGAGCCGGGCGACGAAAUCUUGCGCAUCAACCGGCAGCCGGUCAAGGGAAAGAGUCGCACGGAAGUCGCUCGCAUGAUCCAGGGUUGUAAGGACAGCGUGACGAUCGUCUACAACAAGCUUCAUGCCAAUCCGAAGCAAGGCAAAACGCUAGAUAUCGGUAAUAUUUAUAGACGUUGUCGAAAAUUAACGUAGAU